GAGAAGUGGUACGACCCCCCCCCCCUCCCCCCCGCCAUGGUGAGAAAUGGUACGUCCCGGGCCGCUGUGGCAGCAGCAGAGGGAGGGUCAACAUGGCGUCUGAGCAGGAGAGUUCCAACGGGCCCGUGAAGAAGUCCAUGCGAGAGAAGGCCGUAGAGCGCCGCGGCAUCAACAAGGAGCACAACAGUAACUUCAAAGCGGGCUAUGUGCCCAUCGAAGAAGAACGCCUCCAUAAGACGGGGCUGAGAGGACGGAAGGGAAACAUGGCCGUGUGCAUCGUCAUCCUCCUCUUCAUCCUCGCCCUCAUCAACCUCAUCAUCACCCUGGUGAUCUGGACGGUGAUCCGAAUCGGUCCCAACGGCUGCGACAGCAUGGAGUUCCACGAGUCCGGCCUGCUGCGCUUCAAGCAGAAGGCGGACAUGGGCAUCGUCCACCCGCUGCACAAGAGCACCGUGGGGGGCCGCAAGGACCAGGACCUGGUCCUGGUGGGCAACAACAAUCCGGUCGUGUUCCAGCAGGGAACCACCAAGCUCAGCGUGGAGAAGGACAAGACCUCUGUGGUCAGCGACGUGGGCAUCUCCUUCACGGACCCCCGCACGCAGACCACCUUCUUCAGCACCGACUUUGAAAACCACGAGUUCCAUCUGCCCAAAGGAGUCAAAGUGCUCAGUGUGAAGAAGGCUUCCACCGAGAGGAUCACCAGCAGCGCCUCGACCGACCUGCACAUCAAAGGCGACGGCAAGGCCAUCAUCCGAGGCAACGAGGGCGUCAACAUCAUGGGCCGCACCGUGGAGUUCAAGAUGGGGGGGGGCAUCGAGCUGCGGGCCGAGAACAGCAUCGUCCUGAACGGAUCCGUCAUGUUCAACGCGACGCGCAUCCCGAGCUCGGCCAGCGACGCCUACUUCGACGCCGGCGUGGAGCGCUACAAGCUGUGCAUGUGCGCCGACGGGACGCUGUUCCGCGUGCAGGUCAAGCACAUCAAAAUGGGCUGCCAGACGUCGGACAACCCGUGUGGUAGAGCCGGCUAGACGCCCCCCCCCCCCCCCCCCCCCCCCCCCCCCUCUGCAGUAUUCACCGUCCAGUAUUACUACCAGUACUCUACUAGUACUGGUACUACCAGUAGUACCAGUACUAGUAGAGGAGAUCUCUUUCAAUCAUUUGUUCAUAGUUACCGGCAGCUUUGUUUGACCUUUUUAUUAAAGACACUACAUGAUUAUUCUUUUAAAAAAUGAAAUAUAUACAGUAAGCCCUCUAGUAAUGUUACAGCAGAGCGUCUAUCACGUGCCAAUGGACCUACAAGGGUGAUAAAAGGAUAUAAUUUAUAUAUAUGUGUGUAAUAUUCACAUUUUUACAGUAGAAUAGUGUUGAAUAACAGGAGUGUGUGUUACGGAAUAAUUCUCAUUAAAUGUCGAUGAAAGUCAGGAAGGUUUGAAGCUUUUAUUCAUGGUUCAAAUGUUGUGCAAUACAGUAAAAUAAAAGUUUCAUUUGUC